UUUGUUGUUGGAGGGGCGCGCCUGACGCAGCCUGCGUCCUGCACGUGCAGCCGUUUACGCGGCGUCAGCGCCUGCGAGAACUCUGGGAGAGCAAGCAGCGGAGAGAACUGGAAGCCACCAUGGGAGAUGAAGAUUGGGAAGCAGAAAUAAUCAAACCUCGUAUGUCUUCCUAUGUUCCUGUAUUUGAGAAGGAUAGGUAUUCUUCUGGAGCAAAUGGAGACACUUUUAACAGGACUCUGGCUUCAUUGUCAGAAAUGGAUGAUGGAUCUUCUCGAAGAGAUCAUUUCAUGAGAAGCAGAUUUGCCGCUGGGAGGAGUUUGGGAAACAGGGAUCCUGGCGAGUCUAAUACAAGAGAGAAUACAUCCACAGUGGGUGGCUUUAGAGUUGGAAGGAGUUUUGGAAACAGAGGUUUUUCAAAUAACAAGUUUGAAGAAGGUGAUAGCUCUGGUUUCUGGAGAGAGUCUAAUAAUGACCGUGAAGAUAAUCAAACACGGAACAGAGGGUUUUCCAAGAGAGGCGGCUGUCAAGAUGGAAAUGAUUCAGAAGCUUCAGGGUCAUCCAGAAGAGGUGGAAGAGGUAGUUUCCGAGGUUGCUGUGGAGGGUUUGUUCUAGGAAGUCCAAAUAGCAAAUAUGAACAAGAUGAGGGGACCCAGUGCACUGGUGGCAUUUUUGGCUCUAGAAGAUCAGCAUUAACUGGUGUAGGUAAGGGUGACACUUAUCAAAGCAGAAGUGGUAGUGGAAGUGGACGAGGUGGUUACAAAGGUUUAAAUGAAGAAGUAAUUACAGGCUCUGGAAAGAAUUCUUGGAAGUCAGAAGCUAAAGGAGGAGAAAGUGGUGACACUCAAGGACCAAAAGUGACCUACAUACCACCUCCUCCACCUGAGGAUGAGAACUCCAUCUUUGCACAUUAUCAGACAGGCAUAAACUUUGACAAAUAUGAUGCUAUGCUUGUAGAAGUAUCUGGACAUGAUGUACCACCAGCAAUUCUGACUUUUGAAGAAGCUAAUCUUUGUCAGACACUGAAUAGCAACAUUGCUAAAGCUGGUUAUACUAAGCUUACUCCUGUGCAAAAAUACAGUAUUCCUAUUAUACUAGGAGGAAGAGAUUUGAUGGCUUGUGCUCAGACAGGGUCUGGAAAGACUGCAGCUUUUCUCUUGCCAAUUUUGGCUCAUAUGAUGCGUGAUGGAGUAACUGCCAGUCGUUUUAAAGAGCUGCAGGAACCAGAGUGUAUUAUUGUCGCACCAACCCGAGAAUUGAUCAGUCAGAUCUAUUUGGAAGCCAGAAAAUUUUCUUUUGGGACUUGUGUAAGAGCUGUUGCUAUAUAUGGGGGAACCCAGUUGGGGCAUUCCAUUCGACAAAUAGUACAAGGCUGUAAUAUAUUAUGUGCUACUCCUGGGAGACUGAUGGAUAUCAUACGUAAAGAAAAGAUUGGUCUCAGACAAGUCAAAUAUAUAGUUUUGGAUGAAGCUGAUCGCAUGCUGGAUAUGGGUUUUGGACCAGAAAUGAAGAAGUUAAUUUCCUGCCCAGGAAUGCCAUCAAAGGAACAGCGUCAGACCCUUAUGUUUAGCGCAACUUUUCCAGAAGAAAUUCAAAGGUUGGCUGGGGAGUUUUUAAAGUCGAAUUAUUUGUUUGUUGCUGUUGGACAAGUGGGUGGAGCAUGUAGAGAUGUUCAGCAGACCAUUCUCCAAGUUGGCCAGUACUCAAAAAGAGAAAAACUUGUCGAAAUUCUACGAAACAUAGGAGAUGAAAGAACUAUGGUCUUUGUUGAAACGAAGAAAAAAGCAGAUUUUAUUGCCACUUUUCUUUGUCAAGAAAAAAUAUCAACAACAAGUAUUCAUGGUGAUCGAGAACAGAGAGAGAGAGAACAAGCCCUUGGAGAUUUCCGCUGUGGAAAGUGCCUAGCUCUUGUUGCUACUUCAGUAGCUGCCCGAGGGCUGGAUAUUGAAAAUGUUCAGCAUGUUAUCAAUUUUGAUCUCCCUUCUACCAUUGAUGAAUAUGUUCAUCGAAUUGGGCGUACUGGUCGUUGUGGAAAUACUGGCAGAGCUAUUUCCUUUUUUGAUCCUGAAUCUGAUGGCCAUUUAGCACAGCCUCUAGUGAAAGUACUGUCAGAUGCUCAACAGGAUGUUCCUGCAUGGUUGGAAGAAAUUGCCUUUAGUAUAUAUGUUACUGGCUUCAGUGGUAGUACAAGAGGAAAUAUGUUUGUAUCAAUUGAUACUAGAAAGAAUUACCAGGGCAAGAGCUCUUUGAACACAGCACGGUUUUCUUCUUCACAAGCUCCUAAUCCAGUAGAUGAUGAGUCAUGGGAUUAAAGCUAAAACAACCUUCAAGUUUGUGGUACAGUUUUGAUGCGGAGAUGAAAAUAGUUUUGAUUUUUGAUUUUUUUAAUAGAAGUAUGAAACCUGACACUCUUGUUUCUCCUGUCUUCUGUUCUUACUCCCACCCUUAAAAAGACAUCCUUGUUGACUAGUUAUGUGAAAUGCUGAAAGUUACAACGUUGCAGUUACUGAUACAAAUGGUGUUAACUGGAAAGAUUAAAGCAUUCUAAAUGUCUUGCUUAUUUUUAUUGUAUUCUUCAGGGGUUUUAGACAUAUUUUAUGUCUAAAUGCCAUGUCUUAGUAUAGUGUUUAUUGAUCCUAUAACAAACAGGACGAACGAUACACUUUUGGUUAAAAAUUAUUGGGUCCUAUUUUUACUUAAAAGGAGCCUUUAAACAGUAGUGAGUCACUGAAAUAUAAUGACAUGAUUUUCAUGACAAAUAGACAAGCUUUUAAAAGUAAUUUUGAUUUUAUAUCAUCAGAUAUAUGAUGAACAUAGUUAAAUGUUUGCAAUGUGAGCUCUGUACUCAAUGAUACAACUGUUUGUAGUUAUACUAUAUAGACAUUCCUUGAAAAUAAAGGAUGAAACUCUUUUCCCCCUAA